AGGCGUUUGAUUACAUUUUUGAAAGAGAAUAAAGAAAAAAGUAAAAAAAAUUGAAUGGCCUGACCAUGUAUCAAGAGCCAAUCUUCGAUAAAAGAGAAGGUUCCAUCGGAACAAAACUUUUCUUAUUUCAGGAUACCCUGUCUCUUUUUUUGUGGGGAUCAAUGACAAAAAGAUACUGGAACAUAACGUUGGAAGAGAUGAUGGAAGCGGGAGUUCAUUUUGGCCAUGGUACUAGAAAAUGGAAUCCCAGAAUGGCACCUUAUAUAUCCACAAAACGUAAGGGUAUUCAUAUUCUAAAUCUUACAAGAACUGCUCGCUUUUUAUCAGAAGCUUGUGAUUUGGUUUUUGAUGCAGCAAGUAAGGGGAAACAAUUUUUAAUUGUUGGCACAAAAAAUAAAGCUGCGGAUUUAAUAGCACGGGCUGCAACAAGAGCUCGGUGUCAUUAUGUUAAUAAAAAAUGGCUCGGCGGUAUGUUAACCAAUUGGUAUACUACAGAAACGAGACUUCAUAAGUUCAGGUCCUUGAGAACAGAACAAAAAACGGGCAGAAUCCAUAGUUUGCCAAAAAAAGAUACUGCUAUUUUGAAGAGACAGUUAUCGCACUUGGAAACCUAUCUGGGUGGCAUUAAAUAUAUGACUGGCUUACCCGAUAUUGUCAUAAUCGUUGAUCAGCAAGAGGAGUAUACCGCUCUUAGAGAAUGUAUCACUUUGGGAAUUCCAACAAUUUGUUUAAUCGAUACAAAUUGUGACCCCAAUCUCGCGGAUAUUUCGAUUCCAGCUAAUGAUGAUGCUAUAGCUUCAAUUCGGUUAAUUCUUAACAAAUUAGUAUUUGCAAUUUGUGAAGGUCGUUCUAGCUAUAUACGAAAUUCUUAAU